AAAAAGAAAAAAAGAAAAAAGAAAAAAGAAAGCAGAAGGAGAUCUCAACCUCCACUUCCUGCUUAUUCUCUUCUCUUCAUUCCAUUCCUCCUCCCCCUCCCCUUUUCCUUCUUUCUCAAAUUUCUCUGCCUGCCUUUUUCACUCUCACUUCUCUCCAAUUUUUAGGGCAAACUUAGAUCUCUUCCCACCACCAACUCCCUCAUUUCACCUUCUCUUUUCAUGCUUCUCCUUUAAAAAUUUUCUGCCUUCUUUCAAUGGACGUCUCGAUAUGGACCCACACUUCCCCUCCCCACCUUUUACAUUUCUUCAUCGCCCUCCACUUCUCCUUUGCCUUCUUUGCCGCCAGGUUCUUACUCGACAGAUUCAUUUUUCGUAGGUUUGCCAUUUGGCUGUUGAGCAAAGGAGCUGCUCCACUGAAACUUGAUGAGGCUACCCAGUCAAAGGUUGUAAAGUGUUCAGAAUCAAUGUGGAAACUAGCAUACUAUGGCACCGUUGAAAUAUGCAUUCUAAAAAUUGCUUACAAUGAACCAUGGUUUAGAGAUUCAAAUCAAUACUUCAAAGGCUGGCCAAAUCAGGAGUUGCAACUUCCUCUAAAAUUGCUCUAUAUGUGCCAAUGUGGGUUCUACUUAUAUAGCAUUGCUGCACUUCUUAUAUGGGAGACUCGGAGAAAGGAUUUUUCCGUCAUGAUGUCCCAUCAUGUAAUUACUGUCAUCUUGAUCGGAUACUCAUACAUAACGAGAUUUUUCCAGAUUGGAUCGGUUAUUCUUGCGCUACAUGAUGCAAGUGAUGUGUUCAUGGAAGCUGCCAAGGUUUUUAAAUAUUCUGAGAAAGAACUUGGAGCAAGUGUUUUCUUUGGAUUUUUUGCUAUUUCAUGGCUCGUAUUGCGGCUUAUUUUCUUCCCAUUCUGGGUUAUAAAAGCAACAAGCUAUGAUCUCUGUGAGUACUUGAAGCUUUCAGAUGUGAAUUCCAGAUUAAUAUACUAUGUUUUCAACACGAUGUUGUUGAUGUUGCUUGUGUUCCACAUAUACUGGUGGUUACUCAUAUGCUCUAUGAUCAGUAGACAGCUGAAAAAUAGGGGAAAAGUUGGAGAGGAUAUAAGAUCUGAUUCUGAGGAUGAGGAUUAGAAGAAAGAUGUGUUGAAAGAGUACUUUUUGGUCUCAAUAUUGAUUAUAUAGCUGUGGGGUAAUUACUUUUGUAUUUCUUGUCUACUACAUUGGUUCAGCGGGUUAAAGAAGUUACUUUAAUUUUCUCGCUUCGCUUCCAUUUUUAGUGGUUAGGGAUACAGAUGUAUGUCCAUUGAGCAUAUCACUUCUUCGUAUAUUUGGUUUAUAAAUAGGAGAUUGGCGCAUCCAUAGUUACUUUCCAAGAUUAUCCUUUGUUUAAGGACCCUCCUCUUCAGUCUUCUGUGGGGUGGGGUGGGGAGUUGGGAGAGUUGAGGGGAGAAGAAAAACAUGAGAUUCAGAAAUGAAAACAGAGAGUUUGUUGCAUUAUGUAGCA